CGCCGGCCGGCCGGAGAGCGAGCGCCGUGCGUGCGCGCCUACGCGCGCCGGAGUGACAGGCUGUACUCGGGCGGACCGGCCGGAGAGUGGCAGCCGCAGAGUUUGCGCUGGCUGUAUAUUAUUUUGCUGAAAAAAUUCCAAAUCGCUGAAACGAUUCAUUUUGUCAAAAUAUUAAAACGAAAAACCACCCUUCCCUUCCCUCCCCCCACUAAUCCUUCCUUUCUCGUUCCAUCUGUCCCAAAUAACGAACGCGCCUGAGGUGGACAGUUGUUCACCAUCAGAGGAGCGGCAGCAACGACGACGGCUUCAAGAUGUCGCAGUUCGUGGAUAAUUUCUGGGGGGAGAAGAACAAUGGCUUUGAUGUUCUUUACCAUAAUAUGAAACAUGGUCAAAUAUCAACAAAGGAUUUGGCAGACUUCAUUAGAGAGAGUGUCACAAUAGAAGAUAUGUAUUCAAAGUCGAUGACCAAGUUAGCCAAAACAACAAGUAAUUACAGUCAGCUGGGAACAUUUGCACCAGUAUGGGAUGUUUUAAAAUUGUCCACUGAGAAAUUAGCCGGUAGCCAUUUAGAUCUUGUUCGAAAACUACAAGAAUUAAUUAAAGAAGUACAGAAAUACGGAGAUGAACAGACUAAGGCACAUAAAAAGACGAAAGAAGAGGUGGCUAGCACUUUGGAAGCUGUACAGAACAUUCAAAGUAUCACUCAGACACUGCAAAAAUCUAAAGAAAUCUACAGUGCCAAAUGUUUAGAGUAUGAAAAGUUAAAAAAGGAAGGAGCAACACAGAAAGAAAUAGAAAAGGCAAUUGUAAAAUCUAAGAAAGCUACAGAAACCUAUAAAUUAUAUGUGGAGAAAUAUGCAGUGGCAAGAACAGAUUUUCAACAAAAAAUGACAGAGACUUCACGGAAAUUUCAGGAAAUUGAAGAAGCACAUCUUAAGCAUAUGAAAGAAAUAUUGAGUUCUUUCACACAAUCUAUAGAAGAAACUCACAUACAGAUUGGACAGGUACAUGAAGAAUUGGUACAGAAUAUUGAGAAUACUACAGUUGAAAGUUUGAUACACAAGUUUGCUGAAACAAAAGGCACUGGUAAAGACAGACCUGGUUCUGUUGAAUUUGAAGAAUGUAACAUAUCCAAUGCUUUAGAAGGGGUCAAGAAGACUAGAAAGAAAACUUUUGGAAUACCUGGACGAAUGAAAAGAGACAAAGAUACAGAUUCAGUGGAAUCUCCAGAUGCUGAUUCAGUUAAUAUGCCAGAGGUGGAUGAGGAGGGUUACUGUAUCAAGCCAGAAGUGAAUCAAACUAAUGCCAAAGAAAAUAAUUUUUAUUCAUCAAGUGAUUCGGGCUCUGAUGAUGAGGAACCCAAAAAGUUCCAUGUCCAAAUUAAGCCCAUGCAACCAAACAAUGAUGCAAACCACACAUUAGAAGAACUGAAAGCUUCCAUUGGGAAUAUUACACUUUCUCCUUCCCCAUCUAGGCACAGUCCGAUCUCAAUGAAAAGAAAUUUAUCUAGUGAAGAACUGGUUCGCGCAAGAUUGCAUGCUCCAUCAUCUGAUGCCAAACGGGUUAGCAGUGACUUAUUUUCAUUGGAUCCAUUGUUUGGACCUCCACUUGAUUCCUCAUCUUCAUCUACAUCAACUACUUCAUCAGCUUUUCCUUUCCUUCCAGUAAGUAACACUUCUGAGGUACACACGCUAUUUACAUCAGCUGAAUUAACAUGGCAUGAAGGGAGCUCAAGUUUCUCAAGUCCUAAUUCACCAUGGGGUGUAGAAUAUGAGUCCUCAGUGAAACACCAGUCAAGCUGUGAGUCUAAGAGUUCUAAUCCUGAUAUAGGUUUUAGUGUAGCAGCAAUUUUAGAAACCUUAAAUGGCCACACUUUCAUUCCUACUUCACGGACUCAGUGGAUUUCCUUUAAUGAUGAGCUAAAUUCAAGCAGACCUUUAAACUUAGAGUUAAAGGAACCAACAAAAGUUAAAGCUCCAUCAAACUCCAAUCCUCCUGUGGCCUCCUUUCAGUUGUCGUCUUCCAACAGCACUUUUGAUGACCAAAGUGACCUUCAGAGUGAUUUUACAGGCAGCAAGAAACUACCAAUUGAAGAGAAUGACACUGGAAGUUUUACAUCCUCAGCAUCUCAACCUAUGGAUAUUAGUUUAACGCCUGUGGUUACUCAUUUAAAUAAUGUAUCACCCCCAGCAAGACCUACUACCCCACUAAAUACAGGUAUGAUUGUGCCACCGCCACGUCCUACAUCCAGACCAAAGCUUUCAGCAACAAAAUUGGGCGGAAUUAAUGAAAUUUCCAGAUCAUUUAGUCCUACAUCUUUGUCCACGACCAGUCCACCUCCUGCAGCCCCACUGGCGCGUGCUGAAAGUUCAUCCUCAAUUGGGUCCUCCGCUUCUUUAAGUACGACGACGACACCAACAGUUGGUACGUCUCGUGGACCCAGUCCAAUCAGCCUUGGGACACAGGAUUCCUUACCAGUUGCAACAGCGUUUACUGAGUCAGUCAAUGCUUAUUUCAAGGGAGCAGACCCAUCAAAAUGCAUAGUCAAAAUCACUGGUGAUAUGACCAUGUCCUUUCCAAGUGGAAUAAUUAAAGUUUUUACCAGCAAUCCAUCACCUGCUGUGCUCAGCUUCAGAAUACGGAACACCAACAAAUUUGAGCAAAUCCUUCCAAAUACACAGCUUGUGUAUAGUGAUCCAUCACAGAGUGACUCGAACACAAAGGACUUUUGGAUGAACAUGCAAUCACUCACUGCCUACCUCAAGAAACUUGCAGAACAGAAUCCAUCUUCUUCCUACUAUAAUGUGGAUAUCCUGAAAUAUCAGGUAUCCUCAAAUGGUAUUCAGUCAACACCACUAAAUCUAACUACCUACUGGAAAUGCAGUCUUACCACUACAGAUAUUCGAGUAGACUACAAAUAUAACCCUGAAGCUAUGGUAGUUCCCUCUGUGCUAUCAAAUGUUCAGAUUUUAAUGCCAGUUGAUGGUGGAGUUACCUGCAUGCAGUCACUGCCUACAGCCAUCUGGAAUCCUGAACAGAAGAAGGUCUUGUGGAAACUGUCUGAAAUUUCAGAGAAGUCAGAGAAUGGAGGUUCUGGAUCCCUCCGAGCCAAAUUUGAGGUAUCUGAAGGUCCUACAAAACCAUCAACACUUGCAGUCCAGUUUCUUAGUGAAGGUUCCACGCUGUCAGGAGCAGAUGUGGAGCUUGUUGGCACUGGUUAUCGGCUUUCCUUGAUAAAGAAGAGAUUUGCUACAGGUCGAUACAUGGCAGACUGCUGACAAUUCCAUCUGUACAUUUUGCCUUAAUGAAGACACGGUAUUUGUUUUGAUGGUACAUUUAUACCUGCCUUCAGUCACAAACAGCAAGGCAUACAGGAGUCAAAUGAUGGACAAAGAAUAUUUCCAAGGAUGUGAACAUUUCUGUAUCAAAAUUCUGCCUUUUACCUUUAUUGGUAAUUUUUUUGAGGAAAUUCUUACUACACAAUUUUAAAUGCACUUUCUUUUAGAAACAAAGCAUCAUUUUUGGGGAGAAUAAGUUGUAUUUUAUUAUGUUAAAUUAGCACUGAUGUGAUUUUCAACACUGUUUAAUUUUUUUUGAAACCUGCAAUAUUCGGAAUAUAUUAAAUGUUUUUGAAGACAUGAUUUUAUUUAGACUUUAAUGAAGUCAAAACAGUGAUCAGUAGAUAUGCUGAAAAUGUAAAAAUGUAUAAUGUAUAUCAAAACAGUUUUAAGUAUAUCCAGUGGAAGAGCCAGCAUUAACCAUUUGCCUUCACUAUGCUUGUAAUGCCCCAUAACCUGAUACAUUUUACAAAUUACAAAGUUGUGCUAAUUAUAAAAUUAGCUUAUUUUGCAAAAGAAUUUGUUUAAAAUCAAUGGCAAAUAUUCAAGUUGUAGUUUUUUGUACUUGUGAACAUGAACUGAUUUAUAGCUUUUCUGAUUCUAUGUUGUUCCUUGUACCAUACAAACAAGUACUUUCUGAGAAUAAUAUUGGUCAGUUUAAAUGGUGGAUACUUCAUUAUUGUAAUUCUUACACAACUGGUAAUUAAUUUAACAAGUGCUUUUGGGAUACUACUUUACACAAGUGAAAAUCUUGGAACUAUUGUUGUAUAGGCACACUACUCUUGGAAGCCUUGUAAUUAAUUCUGGAACAGUGCUGCAGACCAUUUAAUUAUCCAUGCAUAAUCUGCUCUUUCAUAAUGAAGAAAUUAAUACCACUGGGCAAGAUAAAUACAGUUACUUCUGUUUACAGUGUAAUUAAUGAUCAUAUUCCUUUACAAUGGAAUUAUCACUAAUCACUGUAAAUUAAAAUUAUCUACCAUUAAUUGAGAUAAGUUGCAUCACUUUUGUUCAUUUGGUGCAUUAUCUUACUGUGAAUUUAAUGCUGUUAGUAAACAUGCAAUAAAACAACUAUCUAUGGGAGAGAAUGAAGUGACAUAGUCUUGCAAUUGAUAAUUUAGGUACCAAUAUAAAAUUUCAAAUGGAAGAUAUUUUUGGAAGCAGCGUUUUUAUAUAUUGGGUGUAGGAUUCUGGGUUUUGUUAAACUGGGAGUGCCUGGAAUUUAUCUGUCUUUUUCAAAUGUACUUGUAUUAUUUCAGAAUUUAAAUAAAUGGCAUCUAGAGUUUCAUCAA